UAGACAGGUAGCUGCCAUCAAUAAGCUGUCUGAGGCAGGGAUGUUCUUCUGGGACUAUGGUGACACCUUCCUCCUGGAGACCCAGAGAGAAGGAGCGGAGGUAGAGAAGGAGGGAGGUGGAGUGACUGAGUUCCACUACUCGUCCUAGAUCCAAAACAUCAUGGGGUAAGUGAUAGGGUGAGGGGAUAGCUCAAGACAGAUAUAGCUCCUGAUGACUAGGGCCCAGUUUUUUAUUCUGAUCAGAUUAAACUCGUGGCCAAAACCCUUGACCCAUCCCUUCUCGAACCGUUGCACUGGAUCUGCACCUCCGGUGACCCCUGUGACUGAUGACAUCGCCACCACUGUCCUGGAGGAGAUCAGUGCCAACGUGACUGAGCCAGAAUCCUCUACUCAGACCAGAAAGGCCGUGUGUGUAUUGCCUUGGCCAUCAAUCAAGCUAUUGCUGAUGGGAGAGUUUUGUCUCCUGUGGUCACCAUGACGUCAGUGAAACACAGUCCCUUCAAAGAUACCUCCAACGUGUAUAACGGCUCUGCCUUCUAUGCAGUCUCUCUCCAGGAGUGAGGUGAUGAACGGAGGGUUUGGUCUACUGGAUGGGACAGAGGAGGCAGCGAAGAGAGCCAGUCUGAUGCUCAACUGGGAUGUCUCUAAAGCGGCCAGAACACGUGCCAGCCCGACCCGUCCUUCUCGGCGGGCUAAUGUGCCUCGCACACGCGCAGCGCGGUCCCAACUGCACGAGGUAAAGGAGGUAAGGAGGUACCUCCACACUCACAAGCUCCGACCCUCUGAACUGGCCAAGAGGCUUGACAAACAUGGCACGGGACGCAUAAGUCAGAAUGACCUCCGAGCUGUGUUUGAGAAGGAGGGCCUCCCUGUGGUGCCAGAGCAUCUGGAUGACCUGGUGUCCACUCUUAGCUGCAUGGAUGGGGACACAGUGACAGUGAAGGACUUGGCGGAGGGCAUCAAGGCCUGGAGCCUAGAGAAGGAGAGUACCAGCUGGGGCCACAGGGGCCUGACAGAAAGAGGAGAGCUAGAGCUGGAGAAAGGAUGCAACAGGGAAAUAGAGAGAGUGAGGUGCAGGGAGCAGCGGUCUCCGAGCAUCCCAGCACGGAGGCCAGUGUGGAGCCGUGGUCUUAAGCGUGGGUCCGGGAGGCAUGGUGCCCAGCUCCUGCCCCUCCCCAGUCCUGAGCUGUGCCUGCAGACUCCCCUGUCUCUAGAGGAGCAGCAGGAGCAGGCCCUUACCCAGCAGCACCGCCGCAACAGGAACAAGGAGGGCAUGCAGGAUGAGGAGGUGCUGGCCAUCAUGAGGACAGUGUGUACAGGGAACACCACCCAGGACGCCCACUCCCACCCCUCCUCUCUGGGAGGAGACACGGCCAGAGCGUUGGACAAGUUCAGGAGGCAGUGUCUGGGGGAGUACCUGGACUCACUGGACCAGUGUCACACACAGGGGGUCACAGUCAACCAGGCCACACUGGAGAGAGUUCUGCUGCAUCCAGGGGACCAUGUCCUAAAGGGUCCAGAGAGUGUCUUGCUGAGGCAGGCAGGAACCAAUCCCAUGCCGGGGUGUGGGGGCCGUCUGAGGACCUGGAUCGGUUACAGCAGCAGUACCCCACAGGGGGGCGAGGAGAAGGAGGAAGAGGAGCAUGGCCUGGAGGAAGAGGCCGAUCUACACAAAGUCUACAAGGAUACGCCUUUGUACCCCUCCCAUAGGUCUGUACGUCGGGGACCCAAGAUGAUGACCCUGUCCACAGGUCGAGCUGAGGUCAGACACAAGACAGAGUGCUGGCUGACCAGGGAGGAGUACACCCACAUGACCAGCAACAUGAGGGAGCCUUCCAGCCGUAGAGCCGACCCUAACGCGUUCUGGACUGGUCAGGACAACCAUGUGAGACUCUACCUGCCCAGAGUGGGCCUGUCUCCCGAGGGGGUCCUCUUUGAGCACAUCAUCCGCUCUCCCGCCCCAAGCCCCGGCAGCUGGCCUGUCAACGACAAGGGCUACUUCACCUCUGGAGACAUAGAUGGACACAAAGCCUACACCCUGUAGAGCACUUUACUCCAUGCUCCAGAUACAAUAUUGUACUUUCAUGUGGGAGUUCAAAGACUUUUUGCUGUUAGAUUAUGGUUACAGUCUUAUCCAAGGGUCUCCUCUUCAUUUCACGAGGCUAUUUUUAAUUGAGAUUAUUUUGUCUUUGAAGCUAAUAAAGACUAUAAUAUAAAGUGAAUGUCCAGUCAGAGCAGUAUCCUUUUAGGUGAGUAGUUUUUAAUGACGCUCUCUCAAGACUCAUACUGCUUUAUGGCAUACAGUCACAUUGUCGUGCAAAUUAUAGCUAGAGUCUGAAAGAAUGAUAUGGAUUUAUUGUUUGUCAAUUUAUUGAGCAUGUCGUCAACUCAUAAGCAUCAGAAAUUGUCCUUAUUUAACGUAUCAAGAUCUUGAUAUGGACCUCAGUCAAGAGCAUAUGCAUUGUAUGUGCAGAGAAAAUAUACUAUGUAAGCCUACUGACAGUAUUUAUCAUCAUAUAGAGAAAAUAUUUUCAUGUAGAUAGAUAUGGACUUGCAUAUUUUAUUAUUUUCUCUUAUCUAUUUGAGUUGACGACAUGCUCAAUAAUUUGACAAACAAUAAAUCCAUUUAAUUCUUUCAGACUGGCUAUAAUUUAAUAAUAAUUUAAUAUAAAAAUUAUAAUGAUCAUGUUAAAACCCCACACAAAAGUAGCCUAGCAACAAGAAUGACAUUUUCUGUGGUGUAAGUCAAUAUCCGGCCAUAUGAUAUCUGGAGGGAAUCCAAAAAUGAUUGGGGCAUGAAAGAAAAAUAUGGAUUUCAUGUUUGUCUGAAAACUCAGAAAUGUAUCAUAUCAUCCUGAUUUUCAGCAUAUCAAGAUCCUUAUAUGGACCUCAGCCAAGAGAAGCAUAUCUGGAAUCAAUAUGGCUUACUAUAUAUGAAUGUGCUGAGAAAAUACAGAUAUGCGAUUUAUACAAUCAGUACUUGUCAACUUGAAGAGAAAGAAUAGCAUGUCACCUAGAAUAGCAUGUCAUUCAGAUAGUAUUCAGACCCCUUGACUUUUUCCACAUUUUGUUACUUUGCAGCCUUAUUCUAAAAUGGAUUAAUCAUUUUUUCCCCUCAUUAAUCUACACACAAUAUCCCAUAUUGAUAAAGCAAAAACAGGUUUAGUCAUUUUUAGAAAUGCAUAAAAAAACAAGUAUAAAAUUUACAUAAGUUUUCAGACAUUUUACUCAGUACUUUGUUGAAGCACCUUCAGCAGAGAUUACAGCCUCGAGUCUUCUCAGGUGUGACGCUACGAGCUUGGCACACCUGUAUUUGUGGAAUUUCUCUCAUUUUCUGCAGAUCCUCUCAAGCUAUGUCAGGUUGGUUGUGGGGAGCGUUUCUGCACAGCUAUUUUCAGGUCUCUCCAGAGAUGUUCGAUCGGGUUCAAGUCCGGGCUCUGGCUGGCUUGUCCCGAAGCCCCUCCUACAUUGUCUUGGUUGUGUCCUUAGGUUUGUUGUCCUGUUGGAAGGUGAACCUUCGCCCCAGUCUGAGGUCCUGAGCUCUCUACUUUGUGCCGUUCAUCUUCCCCUCGAUCCUGACUAGUCUCCCAAUCCCUGCCACUGAAAAACAUCCCCACAGCAUGAUGCUGCCACCACCAUGCUUCACCGUAGGGAUGGUGCCAGGUUCCCUCCAAACGUGACGCUUGGGAUUCAGGCCAAAGAGUUCAAUCUUGGUUUCGUCAGACCAGAGAAUCUUGAAUCUUUUUAGGUGCCUUUUGGCAAACUCCAAGCAGGCAGUCAUGUGCCUUUUCCUGAGGAAUGCCUUCCAUCUGGCCACUCUACCAUAAAGGCCUGAUUGGUGGAGUGCUGCAGAGAAGGUUGUCCCAUCUCCACAGAGGAAUUCUGGAGCUCUGUCAGAGUGACCAUCAGGUUCUCGGUUACAUCCCUGACCAAGGCCCUUCUUCCCCGAUUGCUCAGUUUGGCCAAAUGGCCAGCUCUAGGAAGAGUCUUGGUGGUUCCAAACUUCGGAGCUCCAAGAGCAAUUCCUUCGACCUCAUGGCUUGGUUUUUGCUCUGAGAUGCACUGUCAACUGUGGGACCUUAUAUAGACAGGUGUGUGCCUUUCCAAAACAUGUCCAAUCAAUUGAAUUCACAACAGAUGGACUCCAAUCAAGUUGUAGAAACAUCUCAAGGAUGAUCAAUGGAAACAGGAUGAACCUGAGCUCAAUGUUGAGUCUCAUAGCAAACAGUCUGAAUACUUAUGUAAAUAAGGUAUUUGAUUUCAUUUUUAUACAUUUUCCAACAUUUCUAAAAACAUGUUUUUGCUUUGUCAUUAUGGUGUAUUGUGUGUAGAUUGCUGAGGAUGUUUUAUUUGUUUAAUCCAUUUUUAGAAUAACAUAACAUGUGGAAUGGACAAUAUCUCAGGAUAUUGAAUGAUUCCAUAUCCGGCCAAAGGAACAAUAUGUAUAAAAGACAUCUGGAUUCAGAAUUUGUCUGAGUCCAGUAUUUGUCAGAAUAUGGUGCAUAUCCACAAAUUCAAAAUAUGCAUUGGAAAUGGUCUGUAUUCUCUAGAAUAUCAAAAACGUGUCAUAUGUCCUGAUAUGGACCCUUUUUGCCCAGUGCCCGGCUUCCAAUCCCAACCCCAGCAACAACCCAGGUUUUCCCGGUCCCAGCCCCAACACCAGAACCAACCCUGGAAACGGCACCGACCAACCACAACUGCCACCUCCAUCCAGCAACUGCCAGCCCAACACAGACACACGUACACCAUCAACCACUCCACUCCACUAGAUUCCUUUUUUGUUUUUAUUAAUUGCCUUUUAUUUUUUGAUUAGCCUACAUUGGAUUGAUUACUUAUUGUUUUAAUUAUUUAUUAUUUUGAAUAUUAUCUUAACGAUGUAUUGAAUUUACUUUCCAUUUAAACUGAUGAACAUUUUUAACCUGUAAUACAUUUAGUAAAAUA